AGCGCAGGUUCCCGGGCUGCAGCCGCGCGUGAGUGAGCGGGCUUGUCUGGUUCUCGUCGUCCUUCCGCCAUCAUGCCGAUGUUCGUGGUGAACACCAACGUGCCCCGCGCCUCGGUGCCGGACGGGCUUCUCUCCGAGCUCACGCAGCAGCUGGCGCAGGCCACGGGCAAGCCGGCCCAGUAUAUCGCGGUGCACGUGGUUCCGGACCAGCUCAUGGCUUUCGGUGGCUCAAGCGAUCCCUGCGCGCUCUGUAGCCUUCACAGCAUCGGCAAGAUCGGCGGCCCGCAGAACCGCUCCUACAGCAAGCUGCUGUGCGGCCUGCUGGCCGACCGCCUGCGCAUCAGCCCCGACAGGAUCUACAUCAACUACUACGACAUGAACCCGGCCAACGUGGGCUGGAACAGCUCCACCUUCGCCUGAGGGCCACUCCGCCCCGAACCCAUUGGCACCAGACCCUACCGCCCGAAGUAUUUUCCCGCCUUGAUCACAGCGACCCCCACCUCCGGGUCGGGAGAAAUAAACGGUUUGGAGCCCUCGG